AAGCUGCGGAAACUACGCGUGCAAUGAUUGUUCUCUGCUGUUUGAGCAUUCCUCUAGUAAUCAACGACGCCUUCCUCUUUUUCUGUUUCCUGUUCUGAUUGCUCCAUUUUCUUCUGAUGAUUUGUCUGAGAGUUUUUAUUUCUGUUUGAAUGUAGCUUCGUGUUUGACCACUGAGACAUUUCUGCUAGUCCUAGAUCUGGGAUUUUGCAUCUCUCCUCUGUUUCCUCCUCUAUCAAUCUCGUUUACGAUCCUUUCGAGAUGAAAAGAACUCAUUCAGAAGCGUCGAUCUACGAGGUGUCUUCCUCAUCGACUUCCCCACAUGUAGGUGAUUAUAAAGGCGGAACCAAAGGGUUGAAAGGAAAUGAAUACGAUGUGUUUUUGAGCUUUAGAGGGGAAGACACUCGCAAAGGCUUCACUGAUUAUCUCUAUACUAGCCUUGAUGAGAAAGGAAUUCGUGUGUUUAGAGACGACAAUGAGCUCCGUGUUGGUGAGAAGAUUGGUCCGGAGCUUCUCUGCAGCAUUACGCAGUCCACAAUCUCUAUCCCAAUUAUUUCCGAGAACUACGUUUCCAGCAAAUGGUGCCUUCGUGAGUUGGUUCAAUUGUUAGAGUGCAAGAGGAGUAAAGAGCAAAUAGUGUUGCCCAUAUUUUACAAAGUGGAACCCUCACAAGUGCGACAUCCUACAGGGAGAUUGAGAGAAGCUAUCGAUGCACAUAAAAAGAAUAUGGAGGAAACGGUUGUGAAGGAAUGGGAAGAAGCACUCAAAGAAGUUAGCUCCCUGAAAGGAUGGGAAUCGGAGAAAAUUGAUAAUGGGCAUGAAGGAGCAUUGGUCAAAAUUGUUGUCACAAAAGUUCUAAGCAAGUUAAAAGGAACAUUUCAGCUAAUUGUUCCCCAACAGUUGGUUGGGAUUGAUGAUUGUAUCGAACAUAUUAUGAGCUCGAUAGAUGCUAAAUUCAAUGGUACAUGGAUUAUCGGAAUUUAUGGAAUGGGUGGCAUCGGUAAAACGACUCUUGCGAAGGCAUUAUACAACCAGUUCUUUGGUCAGUUUGAUCAUCAUAGCUUUGUGGCAGAUUGUCGAGAAGCAUACCAGCGUGACCAGCGUGAGGGUAUUAAAUCCCUACAAAAGCAGCUCAUAUCUAGCGUAGGAGGUCCAUGUGAUGUGUCUAAUGUGGAUGAGGGGAUCCGUCUCAUCAAAUCUCGAUUUGCACAUAAGAAAGCACUCAUUUUUCUUGAUGAUAUAGAUAAUAGUGCUCACUUGAAAUAUUUGGUCGACCGUAAUUGGUGUAAAGUAGGAAGUAUAAUCAUCAUAACAACUAGAAACAAGGAUGUUCUUGACCAAGCUAGUGCAAAUCACACGUACCAACUCAACGAGUUGUCUUUUGAUCAAUCAUUGAUUUUAUUCAGUAGGCAUGCAUUUCAAAAGGAUUAUCCUCCAAGUGAUUAUGAAGAUAUCUCUCAUGAUGUCGUAUCUACUACUGGGGGGCUCCCAUUAGCUAUUGAAGUUAUAGGUUCAUUCUUAUGUAGAAAGAGAGAAGACGUAUGGAAAGGUACAUUAAAAAAAUUAAAGAAAGUGCCCCAUGAGAAAGUGCAAGAGAAGUUGAAAAUAAGUUAUGGAGCAUUAGGUUAUAGGGAACAACAGAUAUUUUUGGAUAUAGCAUGCCUCUCCCUCGAACAAUAUGCAACUUAUAUGUGGGAUGAUUGUGAUUUUUACCCUGGGAUGGGGAUUGAAGUAUUAAGUCUUAUGUCCCUAAUUAAAAUUCACAAAUUUGGAUCGCUAUCGAUGCAUGAUCAAUUGAAAAAUCUUGGAAGGGAAAUUGUUUAUCUAGAAAAUCCAAGGGAGCCUCAGGAGCGUAGCAGAUUGUGGAUCUAUGAGGAAGCCCUAGAUGUGCUUGACAAUUGCAAGGGCACCGGAAAGAUUGAGGCCCUUUCUCUUGGCAAAUAUGAUGAGGGAAGAACAUACGCAGCCAAAAAGUUUAAAAAUAUGACCAAACUAAGAUUCCUUCAAGUGGAUGGUGCUAAUUUCACUGGAGAUUUCCAAAGCUUACUUCCUGAGUUAAGAUGGCUUCAGUGGAACCGCUGUCCCUCGGAUUUCGUUGCGGUCAACUUUCAUCCAAAGAAAUUGGUUGUACUCGAUCUGUCAGAUAGUGCAAUUUCGGAGCAUUGGGAAGGAUGGGAUCCACUCAAGAAGGCGACCGAGCUCAAAGUUCUCAAUCUCCACGGGUGUCUAUCUUUGAAAAGAACUCCUGACUUGUCCACUUUCACAAGGUUGGAGGUUUUGAAUCUCGCAUCUUGUUCGAAUUUGAAAGAGCUUCAUCCUUCUAUUGAAAUUCUAGCAUCAUUGGUUGAGCUAAAACUUUCGUAUUCAAAGAUUACAAAAUUACCUGAAAGCAUUGGGAAUUUGCAAAAUCUGAGGAUCUUGGAUAUUAACGGAACUGGCAUAACGGAAUUGCCUGAUGCCAUUGGAACGUUAACAAAACUCCAACAGUGGGACGUUUCAGGUUGCGAUAACCUGGAGGGACUACCUAGUAAUAUAUGCAAACUGAUUUCGCUAGAGGAGCUCUCCCUUUUGUAUUGUGAAAAGCUUCAAGAAUUACCAGAAUUGCCCUGCGGCUUAACAGUACUUUAUAUCACCUGCCAGGGGCAGUCUUUGCCCAAUCUUUCCCAGCUAACCCGUCUCAACAGACUCCAUCUUAAUAGAUGUCGUCGGCUUGAAUGUGUCCCAGAGCUUCCCAUUGAACUAUUGGUGCUUUCUAUCUAUCGUUGUGGAGAAUUGAAAGCCUUCACGAAUUUGUCAGACUUGAAAAAAUUGCGACAUGUCAGUAUAUCUAAAAGCUCAUCUCUCGAAGGAUCGCCCGACGUGUCUAUGCAGAUGAGAGAACUUGGCUUUAAAGAGUCCGAGGACAUAUUUGGGGGCUUAAUAUUCGAGCGUUAG